AUGGACGACGACUCUUUCGGUCCCCGGCUUCUUGGCCACUUUGACUUUACCCUGCUCUUUGAGCAUACUAUGCUCCAUAUCCUGCCGGGGUCCAUCGUCAUCUUCGCGACGCCUUUAUACAUCUACACGCUCGUCAACGCCACCGCCAUAGUUCGAUCUGGCUACUUGCUAUGGAUCAAGCUUGCGGCUGCCAUCGCCUUGGUGGCCCUACAGGUUGCCAACGCCGUUCUUUGGCCGUCACCCUCUCUGGAGUCUCAGGUCGCCCAGGCUGCCGCGAUUAUUGCCUGUAUCAGCACUGUAUGCAUGGCCACCAUGGUUGUUGUUGGCCACCGCUUCUUUCUCCGACCCCCGUCCUUCCUUGGCUUGGCUUUGACUGUGACUGCCAUCUUUGAUGUCUGUACUACGUGGACAUAUUUCCAUCGAAGUAGCCUCGAAACAAUUGCCCGACUCCACGUCCCUCUCCCUGUUCUGAAGCUUCUUCUUAUCUGCCUCGAGGAAGUCUCCAAGCGAUCGUUGAUCCGUCCCGAAGCCCUGCGAUCAUCUUUGGGUCAGGAGGCCUUUGCUGGUUUUUGGAACAGGUCUUUGCUGUUCUGGGUCAACCCCCUCCUCACGUUUGGCUUCCGUCGGGAGAUCACAAUGGACCUUCUUCCAGGCGUCGGGCCGCAUCUCGAAGCAGGAUCACUCUACAGAAACUUUCGACGCCGCUGGGACAAGACUAACAAUACGGUAUCCAAAUUCGCCCUCGUCAAAGCCUGCAUUGGCACCGUGCCCUGGCCAUUCUUGUACAUUAUCCUACCACGGCUACUCUUCAUCGGCUUUAACUUUGCACAGCCAUUCCUGUUGCAGGAUGUCGUCACCACCGUUGCGUCCGACUCGGAAACGCCCAUCGAUAUUGUACGGGGACUCAUCCUCGCCACGACAGCCAUUUACGUGGGCAAAGCCGUCUCCAAAUCCUGGUACAUUCACCUGCGAAACCAAAUCAUGGUCAGCGUCAGGGGUAUUCUCAUCUCGGCCAUCUAUCACAAGUCGCUCACCCUGCCUGCCGACGAGCUGGCCGAUUCCGCCGCCAUCACUCUCAUGACCGCAGAUGUUGCUGGUGUAGGACAGCUGAUUUCGCUCUCAUACGAGAGUUGGGCGCGAGUACUCGAGAUGGGUCUCGGUAUCGGGAUAUUGGCUGCUUUUGUCGGCGCUGCCACCCUCUUUACCAUCAUUCCCACCGUCAUCACCAGUGUUGCCUCUGCGCACGUUGCGCGUCGCAUGAUGACAACCCGCAAGAACUGGAACGAGCAUAUGCAGGACCGAGUCGCGGAGACGUCAAACAUCCUGGCCCAAAUAAAGGAUAUCAAAAUGCUGGGCCUGAAUUCCGUUUUGGCCGAUCGCCUCCAGAAACAGUUCGAAAACGAGGUCAAGGUAUCCAUGGCCACUCGCCAACAAUUCGCUGCGAUUUUCGGAAUUUCCGAUUUCGCGCAGUCCAUGACGCCUGUUCUUGUUGUCGCCGGUACCAUCUUCUGGACAAGAGCGGGCGAGCCCAUCUCGGUCUCCCGCUUCUUCACAACACUUGCUGUUGUCACGCUCAUCUCCAAUCCUCUCUCCUCAUUUGUCCACAGUUUCGGCGAAUGGUCGACCGGCUUUGCUUGCCUCGCGCGCAUACAAAAGUACCUCAAUAUGACAGAAACGGAGGAUACUCGGCAGUUUGCCAUGCCGACUUCGGGGGUCACCGACAACAGCCCGUUGCCUGGCGCCGUCUCGCAGGCCUCAUCGAACCUGCGUAGUCGUCGGAGAGUUCCAGCUACUGUUGUGCCAUUUGCCCUCCAGAUGGUCCGUGUUUCAGUUGCCACGGAAUCAUCAGGCUCUAUCCUCGACGACGUCUCCCUCGAUGUCUCUUUCGGCACCGUUGCAAUGGUCUGUGGCCCCGUCGGCUGCGGCAAGUCGACUCUCCUCAGGACUCUGCUAGGUGAGGCUCCCAUUCGAUGUGGCGAGGUAACACUCGCGUCGCUCUCCAUCGCGUACUGUGCCCAGGUACCUUGGAUACAGAAUAUGACCAUCCAAAACAGUAUUCUGUGUGGCCGACCAUAUAAUGCGACACUGUAUCGACAGGUCUUAUAUAUUUGCGACUUGAAUGACGAUCUAGCUCGCCUAUCAGCCCGCGAACAAACACUAUGCGGUAGUGAAGGCAGCAACCUGAGCGGAGGACAGAAGCAGAGGAUUUCUCUUGCGCGGGCCCUGUACAGUCAGGCAGAGCUGCUCAUUUUGGAUGACCCUUUCAGCGCUCUAGACAGCCAAACGUCGUCUACCAUUCGCUACCGUCUCUUCUCCGAGAGCGACUACCUGGCAAACAACAUGACCACAAUCGUCAUGACGACCAGCAUGAGACAGCAUCUCGUCGAUGCAGAUACGAUUUACAGAAUGGAGGGUCGCGGACGGGUGGAACAGAGAACCUUGGAGCAAAUCCAGUCCGAGGCAGAGCCACAGUCACGAGCGCACUUGAAGCGGUCGACCAGCGAAAGCAACAGUGAUGGCGGCUCUACUGUAAACCCAGCCAAGACGGACUCUGAGCCCCCCGAAGUCAAGCCUGCAGCGAGCAGCAGCUCCGCGCGCGACAACCUUUCGAGGAGGAACUCUGGAGACUUUACGCUGUACAAGUACUUCCUCAGACCAGCCGGUUUCUGGUGCGUCUUGGUCUGGCUGGUGGCCGUCGGUAUUGCGGCUGUUUCCGAGAGGAUGCCGCAGAUUUAUGCGCGCCUGUGGCUCGAUCGCGACGCUGAUAAUCUUUUGUACUACAUUGGCUAUGCCGGGCUGGGCCUUGUUGCGCCCGUCUUGUCCUUCCUGGCGGCCUUUGCGUUCUUCCACUUGGUCAACCUCAAGUCGGCGCCCUCAUUGCACUGGGUUCUUCUGGAUUCUACCAACGGAGCCACCUUUGAGUUCCUGGCUGAGCAAGAUGCCGGUGCUUUGCUCAACAGGUUCAGCCAGGACAUUUCCAUGGCGACUCAAGAACUGCCCAUGGCUAUAAUGCCGACUGUCUGGGGGUUCGUGUCCAUGUUCAUUGAUGUGAGCAUAAUUUCUUCCGGGGCUACCUACGCCGCCCCCAUCAUCCCAUUCUUCCUUCUAGUCUUGUUCUUGAUCCAGCACUUUUACUUGCGCACUUCUCGACAACUUAGAAUUCUCGAGCUCGAUAGCUCCAAAAACCUCGUGCGGCACUCGACCGAGAGCGCAACCGGUGUUGAGCACAUCCGUGCCCUUCAGCUGGAAGAAGACUUCGUCGGGCAAUUCUACCUCAUGCUGGAUGAGGCACAGAAGCCUGUGUAUUUCCUGUAUGCCAUUCAGCAGUGGCUUACAUCUGCCAUGGACUUUGUUACGGCUACGGCGGCUGUUUGUGUCGUCAGCCUGGCGCUCAACUUCAAAAAGUCAACGUCGGCCACGGCAAUGGGCCUGGCUCUGCUGGGUCUGAUCUCCUUUAGCGACUUUACUGCCCAGACAAUUCGUUUCUUUGUCGCCAUGGAAAAUACCUUUGGCGCGGUUGCUCGUAUCAGGGACUUUGCUGGAACAACACCCAAGGAGAGGGAUGAAGGCGUUGAGGAGGUGCCAGAGCAGUGGCCCUCAUCGGGUAGGCUCGACUUGAACUGUGUCGGCGCCGUGUACAAGGCGGAUACCGAGAAGCCGCACGUUGCCCUUGAAAAUAUCACCGUGAGCAUCAAGCCCGGUCAAACGGUUGGACUGGUAGGUCGAACUGGAAGCGGCAAAACAUCUGUGAUGCUGGCCUUGCUUCACUUGCUCGAGUAUACCGGCAGCAUCCGCAUUGACGGCCGAGAAGUGCGAAGCAUCCCUCGCAGUGCACUUCGGAACCACAUCACCACCAUUACGCAAGAUGGUCUCGAGCUGCGUGCAUCCGUCCGGUUCAACAUGGACCCUCUAGAGUUCUCGUCGCGUCCGGGAAACUUUCCCACCGACGACACGCUGGCCGGGAUCCUGCGGCGCGUCGGGCUCUGGGACCACGUCGUCGGACACGGCGGCCUCGAGGCGUCGAUGCGCGCCAUGAAGUUCUCGGUCGGGCAGAAGCAGCUUUUUCAGCUCGCGCGCGCCAUGCUGCACAGACAGGUGACGAGGUCGAGGCUGGUCCUGAUCGACGAAGUGACGGCCAGCAUGGACGAGGAGACGGAGGCGCGCAUGUUUCACCUGAUGAAGGAGGCCUUUGCAGGGUGCACGAAGGUGGUCAUCAGUCACCGACAGGCGUUGCUUGCGGAUGCGGAUGUAGUGUUGAGUAUGGAUGGUGGGAGGGGAGAGGUGUACCGGCCGUUGUAA